AUGAAACAGACACAAUUAGCUCGACUGCAGCACAAUUGGGCUCAAGUUCUUGUGGAUCAUGCCGAUGAUCUGAUCAACUGCACUUCAUUUGGUAAGGUCAGUAAAUCUAGUCGCAUAGCGUAUAUGCUAGCAUGCAUUGUAAAGGCCGCUGUUUACUCGAUACAAUUUAAAGAUCAUUCGGACUUGGUAGCAGAUAUUACGACUUGCGAUAUUUAUAAUAUACGAGCAUUGUUGCAAUCUCUUGAUAGAGGAGUAUUGAUUAGUGGAUGUCCCAUUUCAAACCAUCUUGUCUUGUCUUGGAUAGUUUUGACCCAGCAGAUCUUGACUCGGCUUGACCCUCAUUCCCUACUUACUGCUAAACCAAAGUACUUUCUUUGCUCAUCUCAACGGAUUCCAGCCCAAGUGGUUUACAAAACAUCACAACUGAUUCCAGCCCAAUGUGUUGAAAUACACUCGACACCGUUAUCCAUGUCAGAAUUUAAUCUUCAUUUAACAAGAGAGAUAUUGCCUACACCAAUAAUCAUUUGCAACGUUUUGGAUGGAUGUCCAUGUUUAUCUACUCGACCAUGGAAGGAUGUUGCUUACAUUUUAUCUGUGAUGGGUGCUGACCGACUUGUUCCUGUUGAAAUUGGAUCACACUACACGGAUGAAUCAUGGACACAACGGAUUAUCACGGCAGGUGAAUUUUUUCAAUACGUUGUCGACACGGAAAGACAGAGUGAUGUGGAUGCACGACCAGACGAGAUCAUGUACCUUGCACAGCAUGACCUUUUUGAUCGAGUUUCUGAGUUGGCAUCAGAUCUUGCUAUACCGGAUUAUUGUAUUAUGGCACCAUCGGUGCAUUCGCGGACUAGAUGGAUGAGCACUUUGGACUCUUCCAUGGAUGAACCUCAGAUUUGUGUGAAUGUAUGGAUUGGACCAGCUGGAACUCAUUCUCCACUUCACACUGACCCAUAUGAUAAUCUAUUUACUCAGAUUGUUGGGUACAAGUAUAUAAGGCUUUAUGCACCUAGUGAAACCAAGUAUCUAUAUCCUCACAAUUCAUCUACUUUGCUAUCGAACACAUCACAGGUAGACGUGGCUCAUGCAGAUCUGACCUUGUUUCCCGAGUUUACAAAGGCAGUGUAUGUCGAGUGUAUAGUUGGUCCUGGUGAGAUGCUGCUUAUUCCUUGUGGAUGGUGGCAUUAUGUUGAAUCAAUAACGUCUAGCAUCAGCGUGAGUUUUUGGUUCUAG